AUGGACGGAGCUGCUGUGCACACGCAUGGCGCUCGGUUCUUCGAGAGCAACUUGCCGCGCGAAGAGCUCUGCACGGAGAACCUGAGUCCGUGGCUCAAGCUUCUGCCAUGCCGGUCGCACGCCGGUCUCGAGUCUCUCGGCAAGCGUCCAAGCUCUCGUUGCACCAGACGCUCACGUUCGUCAAGCGCGUCGACGACGGCUGGUCGCUCGCGUCGGCCCUCGGCGCCACGACGGCGUCCGUGUGUCUCUUGGCGACCGAGUCGUCGAUCACGACCGAGCUCGCGUCCGAGAAACCUGCGCUCGUCACGAUGCUGGCCGUGGCCAUCGAUCGCCACCGCAACAUCUACAAGCACAUCGUGCCGCUCGCCGGCCUACGCUCGGUGCACGAGCCAUGGCUCGCGACGACGCCGCCACCCGCGCCCAAGUCGUUUUGGCACUUUGCGUCCGUGCACCGAUACCUGA